AUGGACGACGAGCGAGACGGCGAUCAACUCAAAUACGAAGUGCACACACAAUCCGCGGUUUUCGGCGAGUUUUCCGACAAAUAUUGCGAAUUUAUGCGCGAAAAAGCGGACGAUUUCGAAGCGCUCUCGCUGGAAAUGGCCGUAUUUUACGAGCAGCAAAAACAGACGAUGGAUGAAUUGAUAAGGAAAUUGGAUUUUUGCCAAGAUUUGAAGGUGGCUAUUCAGCGACAUUGCCCGGUAUGAUUACAGGGGAAGGUUCUGGUGAAUUUUUAUAAAAAAGUUUUCCAGACCUGGACUUUUGACAUCAUUCCAACUGGCUCCACAUUAACCGGACUUGGCAUGAAAAACAGCGAUUUGGACGCGACAAUUCAUAUUCCGAAAGCGGCCAAGGUUUUUACUAAAAACGGAAUUUUAGAUAAGCGAAAGUGAGCUGUAAAAAAUUGUUUUCCCGCCAAAAAAUUCAAAAAAAUAAAUUCUCAUUAGAGCAUCAUUGAACAUUUUGCAAAUUGUUCGACGAAUUUGUCAAAACGACGAGCGGAUGAAAGAUCGUGUCAAGCAGAAUAUUCAAUUUGUGCCGGCGCAGGUAAACAAAAAAAAUGAAUUUUGAAUUCGGGUACUAGUUUUUUUCACAGAUUCCGAUUCUCAGAAUGGAAUCGAGCGAUGGAAUCGAGGUGGAUUUGGGAGUGAUUGUCGAGCAGUUUCUGUCGAGUUUGCACAACACAUUUUUGACCAAACACUAUGUGGAGUGAGUUGAGUUAUGACGUGGCAAACUUGAUUUCAAUGUAGAUUUCGACCCUGUGCAGAAAAUUACCCUGGAAUGCUCUGAAUUUGAGCAAAAUUGCUCAAAAAUGAACUUAAAAUUAAGAUUUUUGAUGGAAAUUAGCCUUAAAUUGCAGAACUCAACUUCUAACAUGAGUUAUGACGUGGCAAAAUUGAAAAUUUCCAGGAUUUUUGGAGCUGAAACCUGAAAAAAACUUCAAAAAUGCUUUUUCAACAUUGAAAAAUCAAUUCACGAAAAGUUCGUAGGUCAAAAUUAGUUUUUCGAGUUUUUCAUCCAAAAAUGAUGAUAAAUCGAUAUUUUUGAAACUUCUGGAGUGAUUUCUGAUGAAAAUUAACCUACAGAAGUUUUUGCUGAUUUUUCGUAAAAUAAAAAAUUUCAAAUUUCGAAAAAAUUUGUAAAAUGAGGUAGAAUAAGCUUCGAAAACCCUAUUUUACCUAAUUUUCUCGAAAUUUUAAAUUUUUUGUUUUUCGAAAAAUCAGCAAAAACUUCUGAUGGUCAAUUUUCAUCAGAAAUCACUUCAGAAGCUUCGAGAAUCUUGAUUUGUCAUCAUUUUUGACUGAAAAAUUCGAAAAACUAAUCUCGACUUUUCGUGAAUUGAUUUUUCAAUGUUGAAAAAACAUUUUUCGAAUUUUUUCAAGGUUUCAGCUCCUAAAAUCCCGAAAUUUCCCAACUUUGCCACGUCAUAACUCAGUUUAGAACUUGAGUUCUGCAAUUUCAGCUGGCAGAAUAGUGAUCAGCUGGUCAAAAACUACCAGAAAACAUAGAUUUUUCCACGUCAUAACCAAUUUUCCCCCCAUUUUCAGCUUUGACAAUCGUUUCGCUCCAUUCUGCGCAAUCGUCAAAAUCUGGGGUGAGAAAAGCGGUGUGAAAAAUCCGAAAGACGGCGGUUUCAACAGCUACGCGAUGGUUUUACUCGUCACACAUUUUCUACAAUGCGGCACGUCGCCGCCGAUUCUGCCCAAUUUACCGCAAGUGUUCCGCGAGCAAAAAUUCUUUGCGCUUAGCGACACGGUGUUUCCGACGGUGGUGGAUUUCACUGCAAAGUUGCCGGAAGCUUUGCCACGUGGGUUUUUUUUCAGAUUUCACAAAAAAAAUAUGUGGCCGAACUUUUCCGGUGGCCGAGAAAUGUCGGGGAUUCGGCCACGCUCCAAAAAUGAGAAUUUUCGCAACAUUAGAGCGAGUUUGUUGCUUUGGCCGAAUUCCCGCUGAAAAUCGCUGAGAAUUGAUGUUUCCAUGAUUUUCAGCACAAAAUUCUGAUCUAGAAAAAUUUUUUGUGCUGAAACUCGUAGAAAACCUGAAAAUCAAUAAUUUCGAACGAAAAAUCGAGAGUUUUCAAAAAAAAUCGUGGCCUGGCCGAGAAAUGUCGGGAAUUCGGCCACGCUCCAAAAAUGAGAAUUUUCGCAACAUUAGAGCGAUUUUGUUGCGUUGGCCGAAUUCCCGACAUUUCUCGGCCAGAUAUAUUUUUUUGAAAAUUCUCGAUUUUUCGAGUUUCAGCACCAAAAAAUGUUUCUAGACCAGAAUUUUGCGCUGAAAAUCAUGAAAAUCUUCAUUUUCAGGAAUUGCUCAAAACCACAGCAGUGUUGCCGAACUAUUCAUGCAAUUUCUGCACUAUUUCGCCAAUUUCGAUUUCCGCAAACACUAUAUUUCAAUAUCGGGCGCCUGUAUUCGAGAUCGAACAACUUCCGAAGAGCCAAAAGUGAAAGCGCAACGAAUGAAAGAAGUCUACAUCGAAGAUCCAUUCGAUGAGCACAAUCCGGGAAGAACUGUGAGAAGUUUGCAGGAAAUUCGAAAUAUCUUCAGGGAAACGCUGAAGAAAUUCGAUUCGAAGCCGACUUUUCCCAAGUUGAACGAUUUCUUUGAAAAAAUUGAAUAUGAAGAGAGUUUGAGUGAGUUUAUUGAGCAAGAUUUGAUAAAUGAAGAAGGAAGUGAAGAAUCACAAACAUUUCAUGAUGCAAUGGAAGAAGCUGAAGAAAAUCAUGAUGAAUACGAGUCUGAAGAAGACGAGUAUUAA